CUCUCAUUUACUCCCACAUGACGUUAGCGGUUGAAACUUUUGAAUGUUUUUUAUCCAUCGUUUAUUUCUGAAAGUAUUCAAAAGUUCUGGUUUUUAAUUACAGUUAUGUUAAUUAAUAUUUUCAUAACACACAAUGGACACCAACUUUGAUAGCAAUGAUGUCCCUAGUCUAACUACUGUAGUUGAAGAAAUUUUUUCUUCUUGUGACAAAAAUGGAAAAGGCGAAGUAUAUGCAUCUGCUUUGAUAGAAUUUAUGAAACCACAUAUAUCUAAUCAUUUAAUUGGGCUAACUCAGCUUCUCAAUGUUUUGGAUCCUAAAAAUGAAAAUCCUCUCAUCAGUAGAACAACCUUUUAUGAAGCUAUGCGAAGUUGGACAGCUAAGAUGAAUGAGGGUGAUAGUAAAUUAUUGAAUUUUUCAUUUAAGGAUACAGAUGUUUUCAAUGAAAAAGGGUUACCCUUUCAUCGCUCCACUCCUAAGCCAAGUUUAGAGCCAACUACAAUGAACCAUUCAAAUAAUUCACUAGACUUCUCUAAUUUAUCUCCUACAUCAUUUACUGCAGAUACUAAAGAUAUAAGUUCAGGGAUGGACAAAUUAUUAUUUAUUGAAGAAAGGUACCAGGAAUUAGAAUACAAGCAUUUGAACACUAUUAAAGAGCUGUCAUUGAUAAAAUCCCAGCUAGCCACUUCUGAAGAACAAUAUGCUGAACUGAAACAAGAUUUUGAUAGAACCAACAAGAGAUUGAUGUUGGAGCAGCAGGUGAAUGCUGACCUCCAAAAGAGUAUGGAUGAAAGUGAUGAAUUUAAGGAAGAAGUAUGUAAUACAAAGAAGGAGAAAGAACAUUUACAUAAGAUGUGGAUAUUAACCAAAAGAGAAAAUGUCAACUUGAUAGCACAAAUGAAAAAUUUAGAAUAUGAGAGAGAAAGUUUAGAAAGAAAAUUGAGUGAAAUCCAAAAAAAGGAUGAACAGAAAAAGAAAGAAUUUGUUGAUCUGCAGACUUUGUUCUCUAUAUAUGAAGAUGAAAAUAAGCUAUUGAAAAAAACAAAGUCUGAAUUGGAAGAAGAACUGCAAGAGACUAAAGCUUCCCUUGAACAUUACACAGAAGUUUCUGAGCUUGGUCGAGUUACGUUGAUGAUCCUCAAAAACAAAGUUCAAGCUCUCACGCAGGCCUAUAAGAGAAAAGGGAUUGAACUGAAUGACCUGAAUCUCAUGAAAGAUCCUUCCAUCUUAUCCAAUUCCUCAGGUAUUCCCAAAAAUUCUCCCGUUGUAUCAAAUUUAACAUCCUCCACUCCUCUUAAGAAGAUACAAUGCUCUUUGAAACAUGACGUUGACCUCUUCAACAGCCCCAAACUACAACGUCAACUUUCAUCACCUAUUACUCCAGGUGGUUUAAAUACUCCCCAAUUCGUGAAAACCGCACUUUUUUUCAAUAAAGCCGAAAGUAAUCGUGAUAAUUCAAAUCCACUUGUGCGACUUCAAAUGUUGAAGGGUCCAUUGUAUUGUCCUAAUAGGAUUUUACCUACUAAUUUGUCGAAAUCUGGUCGUUCUAAGAAUUUACCACCUGUCGGAUCACCAAGGGAAUCGGUUGAUAUAGAGAAGAAACGUUGUUUUUCCGAGAAAGCAGAAACUUCUUUACAGUCAGAAAGUUCAUUAUUUGAAACAAUAGAAGAUUUGGAUUUGAGUUCAUUUUCUGAUAAUCUUCUUUUGUCAAGUGGACAAGAUCUCCUCAGUGAACUGCAGGAGUGCAAAUUCUUAGACAAUCAUAAUAAAUGCUUUAUUGAAGAACAUGCUGAAAUGUUGAAAAUUGUAAAGGAACAUGAGAAUUGUUCGCAAAUCAUUGCAGAUAAGGAGAAACAAAUAGAAUUAAUGUCAUCAGAAAUUAAAACUUAUGAAAAUAAAUACAAUACAUUAUUGAAUAAAUAUACAAAUGAAGGGAAUGAUAUGAAAUGUCUUGAAGCACAACUGAAGAAUGCAAAAACUGAAUAUGAAAGACUUCUUAAAGAAAAUAAUAAUUAUAAAUUUGAAAUUGCGAACCUUAAAGAAGAAUUGAAUAAAAAUUAUGAUAAACUACAGAAAAUGAUUGGUUUCGAAACAAAAAAUACUCAGUUGAUCGAAGAAAUAAACCGGUUCAAAGAAGAAAGGAAAAAACAUUCUAAAGAAUAUGAUGAAAUGAAAAUCAAGAAAGACAAUCUUCAGUUAUCUCUUGACGAACUUGUGAAAGAGAAAGAUGAUCUACUCAAUGAAAAAAAUAAUUUGUUUAUAGAGAAUAGAAAUUUGACCACUGUAAUUGAAAUUAAAGGAAAAGAGCUCACUGAAAUGCAAAAUCUAAAAGUUAAGAAUGAAGAUUUGGAGAAUGAAAUUAUAUCGAUGAGACUCAAGCAAAAGCAGGAUUUUGAAGAAAUAGAAAAAUUAUCUGAUAAACUGCAAGUUUGUAAAAACAAUGGAAAGUUUUUUAUGGAAAAGCUCGCAACGAAAAUCAGAGAUCAAAAUGCAAAAUUAGGAUUUCUUAGAGAUUUUAAUGAGAAACUUCAAGAAUAUGCAGAUGAACUAAAAAAUUCAAUUGAAAUAGACAAAAAAAAAUUGCAUAGAUUAAUAUCAUAUGUUGAAGAAAACUUUUUUAGUGUGAAAUAUGUUCCUAAAGGUGAUGAUGAAGAUUCAACAUCGACAGCUAGUAGUGAAAGCAGUUCUCAUCAUAGAUCAAAACGUUCUAGCACAGGUAGAAAGUCAAAUUUUGAUAAGCAAGAGUUCAAGAUAAAUAAACUUGAAGAAAAAAUUGAAGAAUUGGAAAAAGAACUCCAAAAUGAAAAGGCUAUUAAUGAAAACCUCAAAAGUCUUGACAAUAAGAUGAAUAAUCUAGAGAUGGAAAAAAUUAAUUAUGAAGAAGAAAAAAGGAGUAUAUUGAGAGAACUUGAAGCUACAAAAUAUGACCUCAGCAUCAAAGAUCAAAUGAUACAACAAUUCGAAGAAAAACAUAAAUUCGAUUUAGAUAAUUUAAAAUUAUCUUAUGAAAAAGAGUUACAAUUAGCAAAAGUAGCGCAAAAUGAAGCUAGUAAAAGAGCAGAAAUAAUGGAAAUGUCCCUAAUGGAACAAAUUGAAGAUAUCAAGAAGAAAUUGAAUGAAACUCAAAAAGAAAAGGAACUGUAUGAAAUUAUGUUGGAAAAACAAGAAAAUAAGAUCAUUACAUUGAAAAAAACUUUAUCAGAUAUAUCAAACUCUACUGAAGAAACGAAAAAUUUUGAGAUUUUGGUAACGGAAAAGGAAUCUAUGUUGAAAUUUAAUAGAGAGAUGUUGUGUAAAUCUAACAACUCCUUGAAACAAGCAGAGAAUCGCUGUCUUUUUCUGGAAUUGCUAUUGGAUAAAUGUCGAAUGGUUCUUCUGGACACUGUGAGUGAUGUACUCAGGUCUACCAUCGAAGUUUUUAAUUCACAUAGAAAUAUUUUAGAGAAAAAAGGGGUUGAUCCAAAAUUAAUCCAGGAAUUAGAGAUUCUCGAUAUUAAAAAUUCAACAAAUUUCACAGAAGAAGAAGUUUGGAUAGCCCAUAAUCAAUUGACACUAACUUCCAAAUUAUUAAAAUCUCUGGUUUCAGGUAGAGAAGAGUACAGUGGAUGCUCAAAUGUGGACAUACCUUCAUCUAAAAGUAUCAGUAAGUUCACAUUAAGACCAUCUAAACUAAAAUUACUUAGACUUCCUAGUUGUGAUCCAGACAUUUCCUCAUCUAUGAAAGAUAAUGAAGUGGAACAGAAUAUAGAGAUUGGAGGAAAUGAUGUAAAUAGUGAGAUGGUAGAAAAAGAGGAACCGAAAGAGACCGAAAAUAAAGUUUCCAUAGUUAGUUUGAGUGAAAACGAUUCAAUAACUAAUUGGCUAGGUCCUUAUAGUGAUGAUCUAAGGAAAGAGAUGAACAAUCGCAAAGUUACAGAAAAAAAAUUCACAAUUCUUUCAUCGACUUGGAAAUCGAACUUCAACAGUACAAAGAAGAAAUAUCGAACAUUGAAACACCAAUGCUCAAAAAUGAAGGACACAUACCUUCAUGUGUUACUGCAAAUAGUAACACACUUAAAGGAUCACGAUUGCCAGCAGGAGCAGCUGACUCUGAUCCACACCCUCAGAUUAAUAGAAAAAUUAAAAGAUCUGUUGUUCGACAUUUUCAAGCUGGCAGAGCAGUACGGUGCGUCCAGGCAAGAACUACACUCUAUAAAGUGUUGGAAUCUGAUAGUGGAAUACGUAAACAAAUUGCACCAGGAAAAUGGGUCGCUGAAAUUGUACCAGUGCACAAGUGUACAAAUAACUGAAGCUUCUAAAGAUUCAGUCGAUAACUCUACUGAAACAACAGAUGUCAAAAAGUCUUUCAGAUCAGUUGGAGUUGGAAAUUCAAUAAUCGAUACAGAAGAAAGCGCUGUUAUAACAUCACUACCUGUCAAGACAAAAACCAGAAAGUGUUCAUCAUUCAUGAUUAUGUCAUCUACAAUAGUAUGCUUAUUAGCGAUGUGCAUCCUUUUUAUUCACAUGGAAUGUGUAAGGAACGGAAAUGAAACUAUAAUCUGCCCCCUCGACCUUUUUAUAUCCAUCAAAAAGGCACCUACAGAACCUACAACUUAUUGAAAAGAUGAGUUUCCAAAGCAAUGCAUUCAUUCUCUUCUUGUAAUUGUAUCAAAAAUUAAAAGUUUUCAUGUU